AGCUGGUCGGGGUUUACAAGCCUUGACUCUCCUUUUUGGAGAUGAUUUUGAUUUUCCACUGUGUAUUUCUUUGUGGAAAAUGACCAUCAAAAACUUCGCAAUUGAAUAUGAUGCCAUCAACAGCAACAACACCUUCACAAAUGGAGAUACCGUCAAUGGGAGAAUCAUCAUAGAGGCUUCGAAGGAAACCAGAAUCCAAUCGCUUGUUUUUACAGCAAAAGGAGAAGCUCGGGUCAGAUGGAGCGAAUAUUAUGGACAAUAUCAACAUCAUGUGUACUGGGCCAAUGAGAAAUAUUACGAUGUCAAACAUCAUAUCUUGAGAGAGGCAAGAGAAGAUGGCACUGAGGUCAUUGGUAAAGGAAGACAUGUAUUUCCUUUUUCCUUCAAGAUUCCGGACAGGAACAUCCCAUCAUCUUUGAAAACCUGCAUAGGCAAAAUUGUUCAUCAAGUGAAGGCAGAGCUUAAACAAUCAAUGAAGCUGACAAAAGAGGCUAAAACCUACUUCACAUUUGUGUCCAAAGCAGACAUGGAUAUUCCUGGACUUAUGGAUCCCCAGUUUGGCUGUAAGGAUAAAUCUGUCAAAGGUUUUGGCUCUGGAAACAUUUCAAUGGAUGUUCACACUCAGAGGAUGGGAUACAAGCAAGGCGAGGUUCUCCAAGUCAAAGUUGAAAUCAACAACAAGUCAACUCGUUCAGUGAAGCCCAAAUUCAUACUGUAUGAGAAGAAGAGUUUCUUCGCCCAGGGUCGCAGGAGAGUUUCCACAAAUGAGAUCCUAAAGGAGAAGAUCGAGUCUAUUGCAUCUUCUGGAAAACAGACCGUGACUAAGGUGAUCACCAUCCCCAGGGAACUACCUCCCUCCAUCUUGAACUGCUCCAUCAUCAAGCAGGAGUACAGGCUGAAGAUCCAUCUAAAUAUCAAAUAUGCUCCGGACCCAGAGAUCAAGCUUCCUAUAGUCAUCCUACCUUCCUUUGAGGUGCCUGCUAUACAACAACCCCCUGGUGCUGCUGGUUUUGGAUGUGAAGCGUUUGGGAACCAGGACCAAGCACCCUGGAGCAUGAAGCCUCAACCCCAACCAGCACCCUAUGCUGCGGAGCCCCCACCUCCCUAUGGAGCUCAUACAAUGUACCCUUCUAUCAACUAUAAGAGUGCACUGUAAAUACGCCACAGAUAUGGCUUUGCACUCAUUUAACAUGGGCCCACUCAUGAUGGACUGUUCCUCUUUCUUUUUCUCAAAAUCUGCCGUCUAUUACCCACAAUGCAACUCAAGCACCAACACUUUGUUUGUAGAUUGCAUCGUGUUUUACCAUGCUCAUGUUUGUUUGUAGCUUAAGAUGCUUUAAAUCAAAUGUUUUUCUU